CGGAAGGUUUUCUAGUCGUCAACGGCAAUAGACGGCGGCGUUUUCUCUGGAAAGGCGAAAGUGCGAAUAGCAAGAAGCAAAAGACGAAGAAGAAGAAAAGUCGUUGAAAGUCGGGGAGGACGGAGGAGAAUGCUCGUCGUCGGCCGAGGUCGAAACGAUCGCCGUGAGCGAUAGUCGUUGCGAAUAGACGCGAGAAGGAUGGCCGAUCGUGAUGAAGAGCAGGUAGAGGAAGAAGAGGAGAAGGAGGAGAACAAGAUGGUGAUGAGGAGGUACGAGAGGCACGAGAAGAAGGAGAGGAAGGAAAAAAAGGAGCCAAAGGAGACCGACGAGUCUACCGACGAGAAUCUCAGGAUAUUCGAGACUCUUUGCAUCUCGUCCCCUCGCAAGUUGGACACAGGGGAUGCGAUGACUCACGACUUGACGACUACAUUGAGGAGCGAGCUGGCAGCUCUCGAAUACAAGCGAGACAGGCUGAUGUUCGAGCUGCAGGAUAUGAAAAACACCGUCAGAUCAAGGGACCAAAGGGUCGUAGAACUUCAGGUAGAAGCUGAUCAGUUAAGGGAACAAGCUGCCAGACAGAAUUCUAUCGUUUCCAGUCUAAAGAAACGCAUACAGGAAUUGGAAGAGCGAGAGAGAAAUCUUUAUGCGAGUCAAGGAAGGAACGAGAUCACGAUACAAGGUCUACAACGAGAUGUCAAAUAUCACGAAGAGAAGGUCAGGGAAUACGAGAGGAAGAUUCGACAGCUUGAGCAUAAUUUCUCCGAGGAGAUACAAUUAAAAGAACGAGCGAGAUUAAAUCUUCAGGAUUUUGUGCGGCGACUGGCACAUGCACUGAACGUCGAAUACUGUGAAACGGCACAUCACAGUCCGGAAGUCGUUAUCCACAAGGCGGAAGAAUUGGUGCAAGAAGUGAAUCGGUUACGGAACAGAGGCACUACAAUCGAAACACAACUUAGCGAUAUUGAGAAUGAUUUUCGAAGUUGCAGGGACUCGCUAGAUCGCAUUACCACAGAAAAAGAACAACUCCAGAGGCAAGUGUCUACACAACUGGUCGAUUUGGAACGCUUACGACAGGAGAAAGAAUGUCUGGAAAUGCAAUACAGGGUAGCUGAAAGAGAGAUGAACGAUCUUAGAGAUAAAUUGGUGAACGCGAACAGAAAUAUAACGAGUGCUACAGGAAAUAUAUCCAAUCAGGAAGCAGUGAUCUCCCAAUUACGAGAUGAUUUGAAGAAUCGCGAAGAAAAAGAACAACGUUUGCAAACAGAACUAAGACACUUAUUGGAAUCUUUAGCGAUUCUAUUGAGUACACCGAGUAGAUUCGUGGAAUCUCACGAAAAUGCGAUAAAAGAUCGGAUUAGGGAGAUCCUUGCCGAAAGCAAAGAUCAAGCAUUGAAACUUCAAAACCUACGAGAGAAAGUGAAUGCUGCCACGGAAUCUGCCAAUCGUCAAAGCGAGAUGCUAGAGACCAGUAUGAUGAAAAUGCGACACCUUGAAGAAGAACGAUCGAGUCUCGAAGCGAAGAUACACAAAUUAGAUGCUGAAUUAACCAGCUGUGAGCUCACCAAAGAGUCUUUGCGUAGAGACAAACAAACGUUCACGACGUUUCUCGAACGAUUGGGAAAAGCCAUGCAAAUCGAGGAAAUUUCGGAGGACAUCGGAAUCGAACUACAAAUUGAAUCCUUGCUUGUAAGGGCCGAACAACUCGCCAGAUUAGAAACGGAUAAAUUAGUGGAUAAGGUGAAGGACACGAUCGAUAAAUUUUUUAUUUAUUAUAUUUUUUUUUCUAACGACGUUUACAAUAUCUCUUCUUGUGUCUUCUUCUUCUAUUUCAAAUCCUAUGCAAAUUCUACUGUUCGCGUAAUCCAGUACUUGUACUCCAGCUACACAACAUUACCAAGGAUUCGUCGUGAGAGAUCCUUUCAUGAGCUUCCCUCCCCAAAAGACACGUCUGUGGUUUAUCAAUUGCAACGACGCGUGAGAACCCUGCGGGAGCAACUGCAAAGACGAGAUCUUCACUUGGAUCUUCUGCGUAGAAAACUAUCUCUUCAGGAGGACAGCGUGAGAAUAAAGUCGUUGUUGCAGAGCGAGAGGGAUGAGGCGAAUCUCCGUGCGAAAAAGUUAACGAAGCAGGUCGAACGAUUGCAAUCACAAUUGUCGGAAGAAAAAUCGCGAAAUCGAGAGUUGAGUGCUCAAUUAACAGAAGCUGCUGAUUACAAGAUAGCGGCAUUAGAAAGGAGUAGGAAGAUAGAGGAACUCCAGAAACGUCUCGUAGAAAGCGAGAUGUUGAGAACGCGUUAUACCAGAAAGCUGUCCAUGUUGAAAGAACAAAUGAGAACGACGUCUGAGACGGCUGAGCAAGAAAGAUCUAUCAACGAUCAUUCUUUGCAGCUUCUUAGAGAUGAGCUGGCGCAGGUGAAGCAAAAUCUCACCGAGGUUACUAGAAGAGAAUCUCAGUUGCAGAGCUUCCGCGUCUCCAUAGUGAAAUUAUUGUCGGAGCCAAUCUGCACUCCCGAUUACGAGAUCAUUACGCGACUGCAGAAAAUGGUGGCAGCUCAUCGCGACUUCACCAUGCUCUCGCGUAGAUACGACGAACCACUGGAAACGAGUCCCUCAAGGUGCACGAGCAUUCAUCAGAUUCAUUCGAUUCAUCCACCAAGGUCACCCGGUUCUCGAUGUACGCGUUACGAAGACAGCGGAUUUGCAGAUCCACCAGAUUUACAUGACAUCGAGGAGGAUUUUAACAAGAGACCCGUAAGGAGUAGCCUACUUCCGUGACGUCGGCCAAGAUUCAACGUUUGAACGGUUGUUCGUUUGAAUCAAUGACAACAGUCUCUGAUCGUCGAUCUCCGCUUCUUAUUAGAUUUAUGUACGGACGAAACGAUGCGUAAAGCGAACUGUUUAUAUCGUCUAAACGGACGACUUCUACGAUCGUUUUCCUGAAACUUGAAAGAAAACAUUUCUUGCAUAUGAACAAUAUUACUUUGCCACGAUCAUUGAAAUGAUUUAUCUUUUCUAAUAACAAAUACCCAUUACGUUAUAAUUUGCUGAUAACAUAAAAUGUAAGUCAAAGAUCUAAUCUAAAAACAUGAAGUUGAAAAUUUUAACAAAUGAAAGUAAUCAAAUGUUCAUAUAUGUAUAUAUAUAUUGUUAUACAUUAUCUAUGAUUAUUAAUAAUAAUCUAUGAUUAUUAUUAUUAUUAUUAUUAUUAUUAUUAUUAUUAUUAUUAUUGUCAGAAAUAAUUUUGUAAACAAAAUUUUUGUACGAUGAAUGAACCUUCACUUUUUUAUUUCCAAAAAUCUAAUACAGCAUUUCGUAAUCAUAUUUAUAAUUUUUUCUGCAGUUAUUAAUACGACAGAGAAUGAAAUAAUACGAGCGACUACGUAUGACAAAAGAAAAGUGUUCUUCGUUGUUCGAGGUCUAUCAAGAUAAUAAUACGAGUAAUUAUAACUUAUAUAAGUUGAUAACUAAGCACUUAUAAAUCGAUAAAAUUUUUCGAUUCAACGACAUCACAGUCGCAAGCAUUGACCUUGAUGGAAAUCGUUCUAUAACGAUCUAUAACGAUCUUAGAUAUUAAAUGAUCUUUUUGUAGCUUUCUAAUAUUUUUUUCUAUUAUAAUAAUUUCUUUUUUCUGAUAUAAUUAAUGGUCAACCUCUAUAAUUAAUUUGAAAUGUAGUUUUGAACAAAAAGAAUAUUUUUUAUUUUAUAAGCAUUGCUACUGUUUCAAAUCUGUUCGAUCCUACAUCAGUAUGAAAUAAAAGAAUAAAUUGUGAAACUUGUUUCCAAGCUACUUACAUCGUGUCAUUUACAAACGAGUGUUUUACGAACUUUCGUCUAAUAUCUCCUUUCGAUACCGGAUUAAAUACAACUCUCACUUCGAGGAAUUGGUUCGCAAAAAAGGAACACUUACGGAUCAUUGAAAAUUUUUAAAAAUCAUCGAACUCUUUGGUACCUGUAUAAAUAAAAACAAGAACAGGUUGGAUCAAACCAAUUUCAAAAAGUGACAAUGAAAUGAUAAUGUUGAAAUUUUGUAUUAAAAAUCACUCCUAUGACGCACAAAACACUAUUCUUACAAAAAAGUUAAUGUAUCAUUAUAAAAAUAAAAUUAUGUAUCAUUGUUUUCACUGAUAUAUCCUAAAAA